AAAUACUUGAGCUUUAAAGUUUACGCGCGUCAUGUUUAACUGAUACGCUUGACAUAUUUAUUGAAAUAUUUGUGGCUAGCCACCUAGAGGCGUUGUAGUUGAUGUUUGUUAACUGUGCAGCGCCCCUACAGGUGACCACAUUUAUUGCCUUUUGAUUGCAAAGGGUAAACGCUCCGGGGUAACUUCAAUUAAACGUUCGCCGAAGUGUAUUACGAGCAGGAAAACUUUAUUCUCGAAAUAAUCUUCAUCUGAGAUACCAAUUAAAAGCAUAUUUGCGUAUAACAGAGAGAGAGAGUGUGUGUGGUAUGUCUGAUAGGAAAAGUCGAAUUUGGAGGCGGUGUAACGUUAGUAUUAAAAUAUAACCUUUGAGAAUUCCAUUUGACAUCAUUUGGAAUAUCUGCGAUUCAAUUUUCUUGUCGUUUUGGUGCGAAGGAUUAUUUAUGGGAUUCAACUUCUGACUAAUUCUUUCACUACAAUAACAAUGGCGCAGUCUCUGACGCUCUCCUCCCUCCAGUUCGCCGCUAAUCCAAUGGCUGCAUGCGCCCGAGAUGCCGGGGGUGGGACACAUGGGCCGGGGGUUUUGCGUGAAAACCGCAAUGCAUUUCUACGCAAAGAGUCAGUUAGUGUACGAUAGUUUGCCACGGCCGGCACCGCCUAAUGUUCUUGCGUAGCAAGUUUGUAACCCGCUGCACCUCGCGUUUCCUGAAAAUAGUGAAAACCUGCGAAACGACGUGUUGACGUGGUCAUCCGGUUGCCUUGACAGCGCGCGGAUCGUGCUCGGUUGUGAGUGUGGACACGGAGGGUCCAGAGUCAAGGGCACGGCCUACGGGUGCCCGAUCCGGGAGGAGAAUGGUGGUUGCCUAAGCAAUGGAUGGCGAUUUGGAAGCCAGGGCAGAUGUUGAGGAGGCGAUCACAGCCACAGGGGAGGAGGAGGGUCAUAUGGAAACCACACCCAUAACAGAGCUUACUCCAUCUGCCGAAGAGCAACAGACAGAACCAGACCUUCCCAAGUCCUCGGAAGACAAUGAUGAUGAUGUAGUAUUAGUAGAAGAGCCUCCUGCUCACUCUCAGGGGAGGGUGCAGCCCACCGACGCUAACACACCUGCAGAGACCCUCACCGCUGCCAAAGACUGUACAGAGCCGGCUACCACGGCAACAGCCUCUUCCAAGACUCCCAGUCCUCCCUCCUCUGCAGCCACAGCCACGACACCCAAAAGCCAGAGCGAGCCAAUCGUGAUUGACGAUGAGGAAGAUUCAGAGCUCAGGGAUGCCUCUUCCCUCCUGCCCACUGAGGAUGGGAACAUCCUGAGCAGCACAGAGCCUGACUCUGAAAUCAAAAUCGCCAGCGUUACCACGUUGGGGGCAGACUCUUCGGCAGUUGCCAUGGCAACGUCAACAGUAACGCCGCUGGCGCUGUGCGCUCAAGAGGAUAUAAACCUCAUGAUCACAAACGUGACGUCGCUAAAGAGUGUGGGUGAGACAGCGGCUGCCAGGUUGGACGAUUUUGAGGGGACUGAAAAUGGGCUGCAGAUCAGCAGUGCGUUCAGCCUGAACCCUGAUGUCCAGCAGAACCAGGGUCCAGCCAGCAGACCUUCACCCACGUUCAACCCGGGACGCGUAAGUGCUGCGAGCCAGCCGGUGCAGAAUGGAGAAACGGGGACACACCAGAGAUCUGAUUCAUGGAUCUCCCAGUCAGCCUCUUUUCCCCGUAACCAGAAGCAGCCUGGAGUAGACUCGCCUUCUCCAGCAGCUCCGCUCCCCAAACCGCCCUGCCAGUCGUCCUCAGGAUCCCAGCAACCCCAACGUACCAUGAAAGUCACGUGCGCCAACUGUAAGAAGCCUUUGAAGAAAGGCCAAACCGCGUACCAGCGCAAGGGCUCAUCCCACCUGUUCUGCUCGACUACCUGCCUGUCUGCCUUCUCCCACAAACCCACUCCCAAGAAGAGUUGCACCAUGUGCAAGAAAGACAUUACCAAUAUGAAAGGAGGCACUAUAGUGGCCCAGGUGGAUUCAAGCGAGUCCUUUCAGGAGUUUUGCAGUACUGGCUGUUUGGCAUCUUAUGAGAGCAAACAGAAUCCUCAGAAGAAUCAACUUAAAACUAAGUGUACCGUCUGUGGAAAGCUCACUGAGAUUCGACAUGAGGUGAGCUUCAAAAACGUAACGCACAAGAUCUGCAGCGAUGCAUGCUUCAAUCGUUACCGUAUGGCUAACGGGCUCAUCAUGAACUGCUGCGAACAGUGUGGGAAUUAUCUGCCCAGUCGUGCCACAGCAAACCAUUUUCUACUCAUUGACGGUCAGCAAAAACGCUUUUGCUGUCAAAAUUGCAUCAGGGACUAUAAACAGACUCAUGGAAAGAUGGUGCAGUGUAGUGGCUGUAAGGUGAUGUGCAGAUCAUUUGAUGCCACUCAAUGCAUUGGGACAAAUGGAGCCAUGGACUCCUAUUGCUCUACGGCCUGUAUGACCAAGAGCAAGUUUGCAGCUUCCGCACAGAAUAGGGAGCCCUCGUGUCACUUCUGUAAGAGAAAUGCAUUACCUCAGUAUCAGGCAACUCUGCCUGAAGGGAAAGUUUUGAGCUUCUGCAGUUCACUGUGUGUCACCAAAUUCCAGAAUGCAACCAUCCAAACAUCAGCCAACGGGCAGAUCCCAUCUUCAACCUCAGAGAACAUCCAGUUGAAAUGCAACUACUGUCGUAGCUCCUUCAGUAUAAAGCCGGAGAUCCUGGAGUGGGAGGAUAAAGUUUAUCAGUUCUGCAGUAAGACCUGUUGUGAGGACUACAAGAAGCUCCACUGCAUAGUGACGUUCUGCGAGUACUGUCAGGAAGAGAAAACCCUUCACGAGUCUGUGAAGUUCUCUGGAGUGAAGAGGCCUUUCUGUAGUGAAGGCUGUAAAUUGCUGUUCAAGCAAGAUUUUAUCAGGCGUCUGGGGUUGAAGUGUGUCACCUGUAACCACUGCACACAGAUGUGCAAGAAAUCAGUCACCAAACUGAUAGAUGGAGUCAGCAGGGACUUCUGCAGUGAGAUGUGUGCUAAUAAUUUUCACGACUGGUACUAUAAGGCGGCGCGAUGUGACUGCUGUAAGGUCCAGGGGAACCUGCUGGAGUCUGUGCAGUGGCGUACAGAGAUGAAGCACUUCUGUGACCAGCAGUGUCUCCUCCGAUUUUACUGCCAACAGAACGAACCCAACUUGGCCACACAGAAAGGUCCUGAAAACACGGUUUCAGAGUUUGGUGGAUCAACCCAAGGAUCAAAAACGGCAUUUACUCAGGGGCCUGUGUCAUAUGUUGGGGGUGGGAUCCUGAAAGAUGUGAAAAAUAAAGCUGUGCUCUGUAAGCCACUCACUAUGACCAAGGCCACAUACUGCAAGCCCCACAUGCAGAGCAAACCACUGCAGACAGAGGAGGCAGACCUGAAAAGCUCAGGAAAGGAGUAUGUUCCUAUCCCGAUCCCUGUUCCUGUUUACGUUCCAUUACCCAUGAACCUCUACGCUCAGGCCACGCCCACUCCUUUUGCAAUACCUGUACCGGUUCCUGUGCCAGUGUUUUUGCCCACCACACUACAGAACGUUGAGCAAAUUGUGAAGACCAUCAAUGAGCUGAAAGCCAAAAUGCCCUUUGAUUUGUUGAAAACCAUUGAAGCGGUGGCUGAUGGGAUUGCACUGGAUGAGGAUGAGAAGCCAGACUGUUCGGAUAUCAAAAGUGAAAAGAGCAAAGCAGUGAAGGUUGAAAAUGUUAAAUGUGAAAAUGACAACAGCAGCAGUGGCAGCUCAGAGGAAGAGGAUGAGGAAGACAAAUAUGAGCCAGAUUUAGACCUAGAGAAAGAUCUUCCACUAGCAUCAGAACCUGUCCUGGUUGAGCGUCUGGACACAGACAUGCUCUUUUCAUUAUCUCCUGUGUUGCCUGAAGAAAAAGAGAAGACUCCUCGCCCCAGAACCAGGAGGAGGGGCCAGAAGAGACGGGCAGUAGAGGAUGAGUCUCCCUCGUCUUUAUCCUCAUCACCAGCAAUAGAGUCUCCAGCAGCGGAGAGCUCAUUCCCCUUGAACUCUAGGUAUGGCUUAAACGCGUGGAGGAGGUGGGCCAUGACUGCAGGUUCACAACCUAGCCCGUCCAAGGGAAAGGAGAGCCAGAAACAAGUUCGUUUAAAAGACAGUCUUCUGUCCCUGAGCCAGACAGAGCUGAAUCAGUCUUUGUCUCGCUUUGUCAAAGAGGUGCGUCGACCCAACGGGGAGAGCUAUGCUCCUGACAGCAUUCUGUACCUAUGCCUCAGCAUCCAGAAGCAUUUGCAGGACAAGGGGAGGACAGAUGACCUGUUCAGCAAUCCGGAGUACCACAUGUUUGGGGAAGAACUGAACAAGAUCCUUAAAGACUGGCAACCCAGUGUUCUUCCUGAUGGUUCCAGGUGGGGCCGUGUUGAAGAGCAGUGUCUAUGGAGCAGUGGACAGCUGGGGGAGCAGUCGCCCUCUGUCCUGCUAAGAUCUCUCUUCCAUCUCAACACCAAAUACUUUGGCCUCCGCACAGUUGAACAGCACUUACGCCUCUCCUUUGGAAAUGUCUAUGGGCCUAGCAGUUCUAAUCCACACAGCCACGACACGACCGUCUGCAUACGCAUCCCAUCCAUCUCACAGGAGCAGCAUGAGCAAUCAGCAAGUAAGAGAAGGCGUAAAGACGAUGGGGACUCAAACUUUGAGGCUGACAGUGGUUCAGAAGAUUCAACUCCAUGUCCUGUUAAGAAACACGAGUGCCGACUGUAUGAGCUUUAUUUAUCCAAGUGCCCAGAGUCUGUAAGACAGAGGACAGAUUUUUUUUACAUGAAGCCAGAGGUGUCUGCUUCUUUGGACAGUCCGCUGUGGUUCAGCUCGACUCCUCUAGAGAAGAGUACGCUGGCUCGGCUCCUGACCCGAGUGCUGCUGGUCCGAGAGAUUUAUAAAGACAACCAGCAUGAGGAGGAGGGACUUUAGACACCCGUGCACUUAGGACUUCUCACUAUGCUAUCAAUACACCCUGUGCAUCACAGACAAGCUGCUUUCCAAGUCACACCCUGUCAGUCUCCCUUUAAACACACUUAUCCCGGUACAGCUAUGACAUGAACAUUAUGGUGGGAUAAUGCUGAUUUAAAUCAGUCUUCCCAGAGGAACCUGAUCCUGAUCGGAGUAAAGGUUCUUCGGAAACGCCACCUAUAGGAUGCUGCUCUCUGCUCUUUUCUUUUGUUUAGUUGUUUUUUGUCUCUGUUUUUUCUUUAUAAAUCUGUUGGAAACCUUUGUUUAUGUAGCAUUAUUUGUGAGGCUGCUGUGGUCUGUAAAUAUCUAGUGAAUAGUGAAACCUGUUAACAGGCCAGUGCAAAGACACAGGAAUUUUAGUCAUGUGAGGGACAUAACUGAGUUGAGGAUUCUUUUCAUCCUCCCUAGCUUGGACGCAACGAAACCUUCUAAAGAUAACAUUUAUUUAUUGACGUAUGUUAAAGAGAGAGUCCAAGAUUCCCAGCAGGGUGUGUGUUGGAUGCUGUCCCAUGUGUGCAAUUUCUCUGGCCUUCCAUAAGAGCAUUAAAACUGCUGCAGCCCUGGA